AAGCUGUCAUCCGCCCUGCUCUCCCAGAUACAAAUAAACCAACAAGGUUUGAACGUGGUGACUGUGAAGGUUUCUUUUCUAGCUCCUAACAUUGGCCACCUUUUACAUGUAUUGAGGCUAUGUCGACAUCCAACACGGACAAUCUCUCGAGUGACAGACGCCCUGAAGCAGAUGGUACUUCUUCGGAAUCGACUCCGGGACUAGCUCCUGACCUCGAGGAACCAAUUGAAGCGAAUUCCCCUUCCCCUUCGGACACAGAUUCAGCCUUGGGAAACGACUGGGAAUCUUACACAACAUCUGUGACCUCAAGUAUCUGGAAUUACGAAUAUGAAAAUGGCCGGCGCUACCAUGCCUUUCGCAGAGGUCAGUAUGUUAUUCCAAAUGACGAGCAAGAGCAAGAACGAUUAGACUUCCUGCAUCACAUCCACAAUAUGACGUUCGGGGGCAGACUGUUUCUUGCGCCCAUUGGAGACAAUCCACAACGGGUAUUAGAUGUCGGCACUGGAACUGGCAUCUGGGCAAUUAAUUUUGCAGACACCUACCCAUCGGCUGAAGUGAUAGGAAUUGAUUUAAGUGGCAUUCAGCCUCACUGGGUACCUCCCAAUCUCCACUUUCAAAUAGACGAUAUCGAAGCGGAAUGGACAUUCCCUCACAGCCAGCCAUUUGACUUUAUCAAGAUUCGCUCCAUGGCUGGUAGCAUCGCGAAUUGGGAAGUUCUUUUGCAGCAAGCGUACGACCAUAUGGCCCCAGGUGCUUGGAUCGAAGUUCAGGACUUCGAAGCAUGGGCUUCGACGGAUGACAAUAGCUUGCCGGACGACAGUAACUACGCAGAAUUUCAGCGACUGUUAGACGAAGCUUCUACUAAAUUCGGAAGAAAAAUGAAUAUUGCCCCUCACCAUAAGAAAGCGAUAAUCGACGCAGGGUUUGAGAAUGUGGUUGCGGAUGUCAAAAAGGUUCCAUUAUCGCCGUGGGCCAAGGAUCCUAAAUUGAAAGAGCUUGGUCGCUAUAUGCAAGUUCAGAUGUUGGACGCUGUUGAAGCUUAUGCUCUCGCACUUCUGAGCCGAGUCCUUGGUUGGGAUGCUAUUCGGGUACAUGCACUGCUGGCUGGCGUACGAAAAGACUUGAGAAACCUGGAUUAUCAUAUGUACUCAAAAUGUCACAGUGUCUAUGGCCAGAAACCUUUCAAGAAUGAGAGCUAGCCAGUUACUGUUGCUGCUCCGUAAUUCCAUCUGUCAUUUACCUUGAGAAUUAUCAUGCACCUUAACUUUCGAAAACAGAC